GUAGAUCCCACUCUACUCCUUCUCCCUCCUUCUACCCUCAAUCGUGGCCUGCAUGGGCUACCAAUCCACCACCGUGCAACUCCCCACCGUCACGCCCAACAUGGCCGCUUUCUUCACCGUGCUUACAUGCGCAUACUACUCCGACCGCCUCAAGACCCGAGGUGCUUUUAUCGCAGCCGGCACUAUCGUUGGACUAGUCGGGUAUAUCAUGUUGGUUGCUGCGAAGAACAACGCGACGAGAUACGCCCACACAUUUCUUGUCGCGAUUGAUGUUUCCCAGGGCAGUCCGAUUGUGGUUGGUUGGACGAGCAAUAAUAUGGCACCGCGUUAUGUGCAGGCUACGGGUAUGGGCGUUGUGGUUUCUAUCGACAUUUGCUCGGCGUUCAUUGGUACUUUUAUUUACCUGAAGAAGGAUGCGCCGCAUUAUACCUUGGGACACUCGGUCUGCUUGGGUGUGAUGGUCAUUUGUUUCGCGUUGACGUUGCGCCAGAUGGCGCACCUGCGUUGGGAGAACAAGAAGAGAGAACGACGAGACAGAAUGUCAGAUUGAAUCAGGAGACAUGGAGGCUGGGGCAUAGACAUCCGGAGUUUAGGAAUACUUUGUAGAGGUGUGAGGUGAUGGAGAGAGAAUGGGGCGGUCGUCUUAAGGAUUUCACCCGAAGAGUGCUCUAAAUUGCCUCACCAGUUUUGAAAUGAUGGCACCCUUGCAGACCUGCCUUGACUUCCUGUGAGAAGAACAAAGCAAUUCGUGUUCAGCUUUGUCUGCAAUGUCCAAGCACAAGAUUGAUGUAAGGCGUUUUUUUCACACUGAAGUUCGGCAUCGCUGGUUUGAACAGGUUGUUCUGGAUACACAGGAGCCGUUGAGCUGUGAUCGUGUCAUGGGAU